CCCCCGCCGCCUGCGGGAGGGCGGACAGUGGGGGCCACUGGGCAGGAAGCCCCCCCCCCCCGGAGGGCCCGGAGCGAGAGGGGCUUCUGGACGCCGAGAUGGCCGAUGAGAUUGACUGGCUGGACUUGCCCGGCCGGUGGACCUACGGAGUGGACCGCGGGGGGAGAGUCUUCUUCAUCAAUGAUGAGGAAAAGUCAACCAGCUGGGUGCACCCUGGCACGGAAUCUGCCAUCCAGAGUGGACACUCCUCCAGCCCAGGAUUGCCCAAGGGCUGGGAGAUGGAUUCUACCCAGGAAGGAGCUGUGUAUUUCAUCAACCACAAUGAACGACAGAACACGUUUCUACACCCAGUGACUGGCCAGGUCCCAGAAGAAAACAACAAAUUUAACUUGAAAACAUCGGCCUUGGACAUGUCCAGUAAAGCAGGUGGAAAACGCCCGGCUAUCACCAACAGUGACAUAUCCAACCACAACAUGGUGUCCGAGGUCCCCCCAGAGCGGCCCAGCGUCCGGGCAACCAGAACAUCCCGCAAGGCCAUCGCCUUUGGGAAGCGCUCACACUCCAUGAAGCGUAAUCUCAACGCACCUGUCACCAAGGCGGGCUGGCUCUUCAAACAGGCCAGCUCCGGGGUUAAGCAGUGGAACAAGCGCUGGUUCGUCCUGGUGGAUCGCUGCCUCUUCUACUACAAAGAUGAGAAGGAGGAGAGCAUCCUGGGCAGCAUCCCCCUCCUGAGCUUCCGGGUGGCCGCAGUGCAGCCUUCGGACAACAUCAGCCGAAAACACACCUUUAAGGUGACUACGUGCUGGGUGGAUGAGGCCGGGGCCAGUUCCACGAACUGCCUCUCCCCACAGGCCGAGCACGCCGGGGUCCGCACCUACUUCUUCAGUGCCGAGAGCCCCGAGGAGCAGGAGGCCUGGAUCCAGGCCAUGGGGGAGGCUGCCCGAGUCCAGAUUCCCCCAGCCCAGAAGUCGGUGCCCCAAGCUGUGCGUCACAGUCUACCACCCCCUGCCCAGCUCUGCCCUGGGCUGGGGUCACUUACAACAUCUCCCUUGGUGUCCAGCAGCCACGAGAAGCCAGACUCCGAGAACAUCCCACCUAGUAAACACCACCACCAGCCAUCCCACAACAGCCUCCCCAAGCCUGAGCCCGAGGCCAAGACUCGAGGGGAGGGUGACGGCCGGGGCUGCGAGAAGGCUGAGAGGAAACCCGAGAGGCCCGAAGUCAAGAGCGAGCCUCUGGUGAAAGCCAAUGGCAUCCAAGCCGGACCCGAACCAGCCUCGGAGCCCGGCAGCCCUUACCCUGAGGGCCCGAGGGUCCCAGGGGGAGGGGAUCGGCCCGCCCAGCCCAACGGCUGGCAGUAUGGCUCCCCGAGCCGACCAGGGAGCACAGCUCUCCCACCUCAGGAUUCAGAGAGCGGGGGCCACCAGCGGAGCUUCCCCCCGCGUGCCGACCCCGACAAAAUUGCCCAGCGCAAGAGCUCCAUGAACCAGCUUCAGCAGUGGGUGAACCUGCGCAGAGGGGUGCCCCCACCUGACGACCUUCGCAGUCCCUCUAGGUUCUACCCCGUGUCCCGCAGGGUCCCUGAGUAUUACAGCCCCUACUCCUCCCAGUACCCCGAUGAUUACCAGUACUACCCACCGGGGGUGCGGCCGGACAGCAUCUGCUCCAUGCCGGCCUACGAUCGGAUCAGCCCACCCUGGGCGCUGGAGGACAAGCGCCACUCGUUCCGCAACGGAGGCGGCCCUGCCUUCCAGCUGCGGGAGUGGAAGGAGCCCCCGGGCUACGGGCGGCAGGAUGGCACCGUCUGGCUCCCCGGCCCCUCCCCCUCCCGGCAGCCAGUCUAUUACGAUGAGCUGGAUGCCACCUCCGGCUCCCUGCGCCGCCUGUCCUUGCAGCCCCGCUCCCACUCUGUGCCGCGCUCGCCCAGCCAGGGCUCCUACAGCCGUGCCCGCAUUUACUCCCCCGUCCGCUCACCCAGUGCCCGCUUUGAGCGCCUGCCACCUCGCAGCGAGGACAUCUAUGCUGACCCUGCUGCCUAUGUGGUGAGGCGGUCCAUCAGCUCCCCCAAGUAUGAUUACCUGGGAGACAGGCGGCCAGUCCCUGCAGGACUGUUCCCCUACAACUACCCACCAUCCCCCACGGUCCACGAUAAGAUGGAUGAACUUUUAGACCUUCAGUUGCAAAGAAACCUAGAGUAUUUGGAUCAGCAGAUGAGUGAGAGCGAGACUCUCAUCAGUAUGGUGAACCGCAUGGUGGAGAGCUCCUCCCCCAGGGCCCAGAUCUUCAUGCAAGUCCCUCCGUACCCAGAAGUGUUCCGGGACGGUCUCCACACCUACAAGCUAAACGAGCAAGACACGGAUAAGCUGCUGGGCAAAUUGUGUGAGCAGAACAAGGUGGUGAGGGAGCAGGACCGGCUGGUACAGCAGCUCCGAGCUGAGAAGGAGAGCCUGGAAAGUGCCUUGAUGGGGACCCACCAGGAGCUGGAGAUGUUUGGAAACCAGCCUGCCUACCCGGAGAAGCUGCUGCACAAGAAAGAGUCCCUACAGAACCAGCUCAUCAACAUCCGUGUGGAGCUGUCGCAGGCGACCACGGCCCUGACGAACAGCACCAUAGAGUAUGAGAGCCUUGAGUCAGAGGUGUCUGCCCUGCAUGAUGACCUCUGGGAGCAGCUCAAUUUGGACGUCCAGAAUGAGGUGCUCAACCGGCAAAUCCAGAAGGAGAUCUGGAGGAUCCAGGACGUGCUGGAGGGGCUGAGGAAGAAUAACCCAUCCCGGGGCACAGACACGGCCAAGCACAGAGGAGGACUUGGCCCCACGGCCACCUACAGCUCCAACAGCCCCGCCAGCCCUCUCAGCUCCACCAGCCUCACCAGCCCCCUAAGCCCCUUCUCUCUGGUGUCCGGCUCGCAGGGGUCCCCCACCAAGCCCGGGUCCAGUGAGGAGCCCGGCCCACCACGGCCCCCCCUCCCCAAAGCCUACGUCCCCCUGGAGUCUCCUCCAAACGUGCCGCCACUCCCUAGCGAGAGCCGCUUCUGGCCAUACCCCAGCUCCCCUUCCUGGCACCGCAGUGGCGAGCCAGCCAGGGGUCAGCCCAAGGCAAGCCAUGAGCAGAGCAAGAAAGACCCCCACCAGACAUCACCCCUGGAUACCACUAGAGACAGCAGCCUUGCGCCCACCAGGCAAGAGGUGGAGGCAGAGAAGCAGGCGGCUCUCAACAAAGUUGGCAUUGUGCCUCCUCGGACAAAGUCGCCUGCUGAUGAAGAGCUAACUCCAUCAAGGGUGGUCAGGAGGAGUGCCAAUAGGCUCACCAAUGGACUGUCCUCCCGGCAGGAGCGCCCCAAGAGUGCUGUGUUCCCUGGAGAGGGCAAGGUGAAGAUGAGUGUGGAGGAGCAGAUUGACCGCAUGCGGAGACAUCAGAGCAGCUCUAUGAAGGAGAAGAGGAAGAGCCUGCAGCUCCCGGCCAGUCCUGCCCCUGACCCUGCUCCCCGGCCCGCCUACAAAGUGGUGCGCCGUCACCGUAGCAUCCACGAGGUGGACAUCUCCAACCUGGAGGCAGCCCUGCGGGCAGAGGAGCCUGGUGGGCAGGCCUACGAGACGCCGAGGGAAGAAAUUGCCCGGCUUCGCAAAAUGGAACUGGAGCCCCAGCACUAUGAUGUGGACAUCAGUAAGGAGCUCUCCACGCCAGACAAAGUCCUCAUCCCCGAACGGUACAUUGACCUGGAGCCUGAUACUCCCCUGAGCCCCGAGGAAUUGAAGGAGAAGCAGAAGAAGGUGGAAAGGAUCAAGACACUCAUUGCCAAGUCCAGUAUGCAGAACGUGGUGCCCAUCGGCGAGGGGGACCUUGUGGACGUGCCCCAGGACUCAGAGAGCCAGCUGCAGGAGCAGGAGAAGCGGAUUGAAAUCUCCUGUGCCCUGGCGACCGAGGCCUCCCGCAGGGGCCGCAUGCUGUCUGUGCAAUGUGCCACCCCAAGCCCUCCCACCUCCCCUGCUUCCCCGACUCCACCAGCCAACCCCCUAUCGUCUGAAUCCCCACGGGGCGCCGACAGCAGCCAUACCAUGCGGGUCUGAGCUCUGACUGCAAGCUCUGGCCGAGGCCAACGCCGGGAAGCUGCACAGAGCCACAUUCUGAAGGCCUCAGCCCCCUGAGGCCCCGGCUCCCCAGCCUGGCCCCCUGCCCCUGCGCGCCCGUGGGAGGGCUACAGGGAGCCAGGCUGGGGGCCGGGGUUGCUGCCCACACGUUACCUCAGUGUCCACACGGCCAGCACGCCCGGCCCCGAAGCCCUCGCGCCUCAGAUGGCGGCCCCAGGCCGGGGCCCGAGAUGGCGGGCAGACAGCAGCCUCCAGCGCCCGCGGCCCAGGGGGCUAGGCCCGGCCCUGGCUGGUGGUGUGACGGUCCUACUGGAACAUUUCCUGCUGAAGAGGAUGCCCUGGUGGGGAAGAUGCUCUGGGCUCUCUCAGGUUAGGACUAGGCUGAGGAGAAGACGGAUGGACGCUCUGCCUCUUCCGGCCCCUCCUGACACCAAGGGCGGCACCUGCCAUCGGGUCCUUCCCCCAUCGACACCCCUCCACCCCGCUGCCCCAGCUGCACCCAGGGCUUUGACACGUCUCUGCUUAGGGGUGCUCCUUUGGGGUCCAGUGGAGACUGACCACCCUGCUUGAGCCAAAGACAAGAUGACAAGAGCUGGGGAGAGGCUCCUCGGCUCCCAGGGGGCACAGUGCUGGCUGUGGGUAGAGAGAGGCACGCAGGUCUGUGCAGGGUCUGAGGGCAGGUUGAGAAGGGGGAGAGGAGAGAAAGGGAGAGCUGGAGGCCAGUGGGAGGAUAGGGAAGGGCAGGACUCAUUUGCAAGUAAAAGGGUGAGGCGGAGGUGGAAAGGGGGUGUGGGAUGGAUGGGUUUCCCUAGGACGGAGCCUUAGGUUAGUGCCAAGUACAGUGCCAGACUGUGGGCCCUGCUCCUGCACCUCGUCCCUCGGGUCCACGGGCCUGCCCACACACUGGCUCCGGGAGGACCCACCAGCGAGCACAGGAUGAUCUUCAGCUGCAGCCGUGGGGACGAAGGUGUGGGGAUGCUGGUGCGGGUGAGCCGGUGGGACGAUGGCCCUUUCUGGGUCUGGGCCUGGUGUCUGCCUCCUCCUCCUUGGCUCAGGGGCAGAGAGAAAGACCUCUGUCAUGGAGGGUGUCGUCAGCCUUGGGGCCUUUCCUAACCAUGUUCGGGACAUUUUCUUGUCCCCCUGCCCCCUGGAAUGUGCUGGGGGUCAACUGAGAGAGUGCCCCGGAGAGGAAAUGCAGCCUUAAUCUGGGAGGCUAGAUUCUAGGGCCGCCCCCCGCGUCCCGGGCAUCCCUGAGGAGGACCAGGUGAGGCUGCAGGGAAGGACCUUCUUCUGGCAUGGCUCUCUCACCAUCUGCCUACCUGGGGAGCUUAGUGGAGGAGACACAGAAGCAAAGCUCAUUUUUCCUCCUUGCCUCUCGUCUGGAGAGGACGGUAGCCAGGGAGGAGGGAGGGGUGAGAGUGAAGCUGGAAAAGACUGCGCCCCUAGGCCUUCUCUUUACCAGAGCUGAUGCUCAGAGACUUCAGCCUCCAGUGGCCCCGAGAACAAUGACUUCAUCUGCCACCAGUUCUCCACUCCUUCCCAGCUGGGCCAGUGACUGGUUCAUACGCAAGUAAAGAUGGCAACUCAUUCAACAGAUACUUAUCGAGCACCUUUUAUGUACCAGGCACUGUUCUAGGUGCUUAGGAUAUUCUUGUGCUUCGGAGGGAUUGCAGGCUGGGGAAUUCCACUUUCCUUUUAGCAGAUUUUUUGAACAUGACCUUUGGCUACGUUUCCCAUCUUCAGCACUGCUCAAGCACCCACACCUGUUUUCUCCUUCCCCGCCGACUGGCAGGUGAGGUUGGCCCUCUCCCUUUUUCCAACACCUUUCUCCAUCCACAAGAAACGGCUGUUUCAGGGCCUCCAUGCCUUUCCCCUUUCUUUGUCUUGCCUUUUUUUUUUUUAAGUGGUAUUUUUAGAAAUACGUGUAAAAGACCAAGGAUUAAGGUCUGCACCUCUAUCACCUCUCUCUCACCUCAUAAAGCUGGCUCUUUAUGUUGCUUUACAUGCCUUAAUAUAUGUUUGGUGAAGAUUAUACAUAUUACAGAUAUAUACAUAAUAUAUAUAUUUGUUUGGGCGUCCGAUCCUUUCCCAGAACUCCUGUCCAGGCCCAUUUCCCUCCUUUACCUUCCACACCAUUCCUAGCACGUGUCGGCCACACCCCAUGCCUUUUGAUCCAAAGAAGGGGAGAAGACAGACUUAUUUUAAGACAGAUCUAUUUUACGCUUUUAUUAUAAAAGCAAAUCUAUUUUCAAAAUGUGCAAUGUCUGAAUGGAAUCAGCAAAUGAUACGAGGAGAUUGGGCGGCUGCCUCCAGGUCCAAGCCUCUUCCCGGCAGCUUCCUCCUCCCAUCCCCCAGUCUGCAAAGGCCCGGGCCCCAGAGCCCACCCAGAGAGCAUCUCACCAGGGCGGGACAUUCUCUUGGAAGUCCUGGUCUAAGGAUUUGAUUCCACUGUCAACUCUUGACGACCCUCUAGGGUUACAGGAUGUGAAUCCUCUCAAAGGAAAUGUUUACAGCUGUGUGCACAAAAGUACACCCCUGCGGGCACCCCCGCCAUCCCCAGUAUGCUCCCGGACCACCUCCCAUCACCGAUCUGCUGGAAAGGGCAGACAGAAUGGGAGCCUGUGCCAAACGGCACCAAGAAUCCUACUCCCUGACGGAGCCAGGAUACAGUGCAAAGGCCAAAGGAAAUGGUUUGGGACCACAGGUCCUUCAGCACAGACACAUUCGAGUUCCUUGGACUUCUCACACUCCUUGAUCCCUUUCUGGUCUGGGUCACAUCUAUGACAUCUGUCUCCUUCUGUGACCUUUCCUCGGGGGGCUGUUGUUAAGGGGGACGUUGGCUCAGUCUGGCAUCCAGACUGCAAAGUCAGCUUCCAGACUGAAGCGGGUCCCACGGACAAGGUGACAUCUCAACCUUGCCCAAGAAGACCCCAGGACUGUCCCCUGGUGGGCUGCCACUGGGGUGCUGAACUCCGCCAGCUCAGCCUGCCAAACUGUUUAGCGGCUGACAAAGUAGGCAAGGGGCUCUUGCCUCACAAGGAUUUGGGCAGAAUGGAAGUCUUCUGUCCAGGUCUGGAAUCAAGGCUUUGGGACUGUCACAGAGCUCAUGGCCAGCAUUUAAAGCCUGAUCUCCCAAAUUUGACAUGUCCUGGCACCCUAUUCCCAGCCUAGAGCAUCUUGUUAUGAAAGAAUGGUGCCCAGAUGGAGGCCCAGGGCUAAGUGACCCACCGGGGGGGCGGGGUGGACAGCCCUGGUUGCUAUUCUGGGGCCUUGCCAAUUAGCACAUUACCUCCCUGAUCAUUUACCAAGAGGCUGUAAUGAAAUACUGCUACUGUCACUUUAAAGAUUUUUCUGAGGUCGCAAGCUGUGCACACUAGCUCUCCGGCCUUGGUGAGAGGCAUGUUCUUGGGGCAGGGCUGACUAUAGCAAGACAGGAUCGAUCCCUUUCCCCUUUAGGCACCCCCCCUACCUGGCAGCUCUUAAAACUAAGGAAAAUAUGAAAUAUACAUACAUAUACAUAUAUCUAUUUAUGCACAUACUGGGGCCAAUUUGAUCUGCUAGUAUUAGACAAUAAACCAUACAAGGACAUGUAUGAUCUCAGUGUCUUUAUUUAGUAUAAAAGUGACCUUAGAAGAAAAGUUAAGGUUAGCCAAACAGAGGGCAUCUCUGUUGGGGGACCAAACAUCUGUAGCCGCCCCACAGCAUCUUUCUGGCCAACGAGCCCCUCCCCGGCGAGGGGCAUCCUGAGUAUAGGUGAGCAGCUGCUUUCCCGCUCCCCAGCAUUCUUUCUAGAUAUAGGUACUGAAGAAUCCCAGUGAGCUCUGCAUUUGUAUCUUGCAAGUUUGUAUAAACCCGAUACAGGAAAUAAAAUGAAUGGUUUGUACAA